GAGUUUGUAUCCGGUCAAAUAAUCGAAACCCUCGGAGAAGGUUAGUUAUACCCACCUGUGAACUUCUUACACAAUGUCCGGCGAGGAAGAUGCCACUGUAAGGGAGCCACUAGAUCUGAUUCGUCUGAGUCUAGACGAGAGAAUCUAUGUUAAGCUCCGCUCAGACCGCCAACUCCGCGGCAAGCUUCACGCGUUUGAUCAGCAUUUGAAUAUGAUUCUGGGUGAUGUUGAAGAAGUUAUCACUACUGUGGAAAUAGAUGACGAGACAUACGAAGAGAUUGUCCGGACGACAAAGCGCAAUAUUCAGUAUCUAUUUGUGAGAGGAGAUGGAGUAAUAUUGGUGUCUCCACCACUGAGGACAACUUGAGCUAAAAAUCAACUCUUUAAACAAAUGUCUUCGUGACUAUGUGUCGUCCAAAACUCGAAAUGCUUUAAGAAGAUGUGUUUUCUUUGGAAUGUUUCUCCCUCUCAACUUCUUUGGUUUUACUUUUCAUCGUGGGACCAUUCUUGAUUACAACCCAAACCA